CAAGUACUGUAUGGGAGCCAGACUUUUACGUUCCUUUUGCCUUCGGAGAUUACCGUGUUUCUGGAUCAGAAAAAGAGGUCUUGCAUCAGCAUUUAAAAUGGACCUUGACAUCCAGUGUGAAGAGAUGAGUGCGUCCAGAUGGACCGAGCUUAAAUCUUCCAUGAACACGAGCAAAACUGUCAGGCUGGAUGAUUGCAAUCUCUCUGCUAGUCACUGUAAGGAUAUUGGCUCUGUCCUCAGUUCAAACCAGACCCUGACAGAGCUAACCCUGAAUAACAAUGAAUUGGGAGACUCAGGAGUGGAACUGCUGUGUAAAGGGUUGAUGACUCCAAGCUGCAACUUACAGAAACUCUGGCUGCAGAACUGCAAUCUAACAGAUGCCUGCUGUAAGCAUCUCCGUUCUGUUCUGAGCACAAAACCAACUCUGACAGAGCUGCAGCUGGGUGAUAACAAACUAGGAACUUCAGGUGUAAAAGUGCUGUGUGAAGGAUUGAUGGAUCCCAACUGCAAGCUACAGAAGUUACAGUUAGAGUAUUGUGAACUCUCACCUGACAACUGUGAGAUGCUCUGCUCUGCUCUGCGCACAAAGCCUUCCCUGAGGGUGCUCAACAUAAGUAACAACAAACUGGGAGAUGCAGCAGUAAAAGUGCUGUGUCAGGGAUUGAUGGAUCCCAACUGUAACUUACAGUCACUACAUCUGGAGAACUGUCGUAUCACGGCUGCUAGCUGUGGGGAUCUCAGCACUGUUCUUGCUAGGAAGCCAUCCCUGACAGAACUGUCUGUGGGAGAGAACAAGAUUGGAGAUCCAGGUGUAGCACUGCUGUGCCAGGGACUACUGAAUCCCAACUGUAAAAUAGAGAAGCUAUGGUUAUGGGAGUGUGGUGUCUCACCUGCUGGCUGUAAGGAUCUCUCCCAUGUCCUCAGUACAAAAGAGUCCCUAACAGAGCUGAGCCUGAUUGGUAACAGGUUGGGAGACCCAGGAAUGGAGCUACUGUGUCAAGGACUGAAGGAUCCAAAAGCUAAACUCGAGGCACUAUGGAUAAGGGAAUGUGGUCUCACAACUGCCUGCUGUAAGAGCAUUAGCUCUGUUCUUGGCACAAACCAGACCUUGAGAGAUCUGCAUAUGGGUGGAAACAAGAUAGGAGAUGCAGGGGUUGAAAUUAUCCGUGAAGGACUGAUGAACCCCAACUGUAACUUACGGUCUCUAUGGUUGGGUAACUGCAGUCUCUCAGCUGCUUGUUGUGGGAGUCUGGCCACUAUCCUCUCUUCCAAACCGAGCCUAACCGAGCUAGACCUGAGUAACAAUUCACUGGAGGACGAAGGUGUGAAGAAGCUGUGUGAAUCACUGAAACAUCCAAAUUGCAAACUACAGCAACUAGUUCUGUAUGACAUCUACUUGAGUUCUGAAGUGGAUGAUGAACUGAAAGUCCUGGAAGAGUCCAAACCUGGACUGAAGAUUAUUUUGUGAACGGUGUAGUUUCAGAUGUGACCAUCUGCUGAGCACUGUCCUCUCCCUGUUUCUGCCUCUCUAUCUGAACUCUUCAUAUAUGCAGUUAACCAAUGAGUUCAAUGUAGAAUGUUUUUACCA